UUUAUUACGCUGUUCGGGAUUCCCACUCGCAAGAUUGUUUGGUUUUCGGUUACCGGAGCGCAGAUAAUUAUUUUCAUAAUGCCGUCUGUUGCUAGUAACCUUUCGGCAAUGGAGCGGUUGGUGCUAUUCUUGGUACUGUUGUUUCUUCAGAGCGUCCUCGGGCAUCCUCAAGAAAGACAGAUGUUUUAUCGGAAAACUACCACUCAAGAUCCAGUGUCAGCAUUUUUUAGUAGCUGCGAUCUACGCACGGCUCAUUGUGUUCGAAGUGAAGAUUGCCGAAAUGGGAACAUUUUGAAUGAAGGAAGGUGUAGUGUCAUCGGGCAUGUUUGUUGCAAAAAAGAAAAUACUGCAGUAGUUUUUCCGGAUCACACCUCAGCCAGACCCGUGAUAACAACAACGAAAACUGCAACAUCGUCAACUACUACUACUCCUCGUACUAGAACAACAACAACAAAACCAAAAACUAAGAAGCCGACAAGAACAACAACAACAACAACAACGGAAGAACCAAUAACUGGUUGGUUACACGCUGAUUGUGGCGUCCGACAAUCAAGUACAUCACAUGAGAUUGACAUGAGAGAUUCAGAAAGAGGCGAAUUCCCAUGGAAUGUGGAAAUCUUCUCCAAAUUUGAAAACGAUUUUGGAUUCCAACAGAACGUCUUCCACUGUGGAGGAACAUUGAUUGAUGACUUCGUUGUAGUUACGUCUGCCAAUUGUGAAAAUCUGCGAAGUUCUACAGAGCUGUUCAUCUCCGCUGGCGUUUGGAACUUGAAUGAUCUCGAAGAUAAUCGACAGAUCCGCAAGGUGGCAAAGAUAAUCAAACAUCCUCGUUUCGAACAAGGCUCGAGAAUAGCUAGCAUUGCGCUCCUCAUCCUAGAUGACCAGGUGGAUUUCUCCCAGCGCGUUAAUCGAAUAUGCAUCCCUGAGGUUGACACUGAUUUUAGUACGAGCAUGUGUUUCGUCACUGGUUGGGGAGGUACUCCUAAUAGUAAUCAAACUAUUCGACCAUAUAUGAAAGUCGUGGAAAUGCAGUUGCUAGAGCACAGCAUGUGUACUAAGGAUAUGCGAAGAACUUUGCCAAAAUAUGAGUUGCAUGAAAGCUUCCAAUGUGCCAACGAAGAAUCAGCGAAUCACCUUUGUCCGUUCGAUGUCGGGUCACCGUUGUUCUGUACGAUUCCGGGCCGACAGCAACAGUUCUACCAAGUGGGUAUUUUUGUUUGGAACCAGUUUGUGCAUCGGAACAUGGCAUGUCGCGAUGGGUACGGGGUCGUGAAUCUAUUCGUCAAAAUGCAACAAUUUCGGCAUUGGAUCGACAAAGAACUAGAAAAACUGGGAAGAAAUCGAAACAUUUACAUUCCUCAACCGGAAGACGAUGACGAGGAUCAACCUGAAUUGUAACAAGUAAACUAGAACGAUAUCGACAUGUAUGUUGAAAUGAAAUAAAUGUAUGUAAGUUGUAUGUUGAAAGAAAUAAAAUGCUCAAGCCAUACCCAACAAA